GCGCGCGCUCCCAGGCGCAGGCCGCGUCCCCGCGUCUGUUUCCCCCCACCCCACCCCCCAAAUGAAGGACCCCCCAGCUGCGGCCGAGGGGUCGCCGCCCCCCGACGGCGGAGGCUCGGAGGAGGAGGAAGAAGACGACGGAGAGAAAGAAGAAGGAGAAAAAGGAGGAGAGGAAGAAACGCAGGCCGAGGGCAGUAGCAGCAGCGCUGGCAGAAGAGCUUCAGCGAACAGGGAGCCCUGCCAGCCAAUCAUGAAGCCCGAGGGCUCCGAUUCGCCAGCCUCUGAGUCGUCGCCCUCUGAGGAUCCUCCCCCGGCCCUCGCCGCCGAGGUCAAGGUCAAGACCGAGACCCCCGAUGACUUUGCCUGGCCCCCCAGUGCCGAGGAGGGGACCCGGAAGGGGGCCCGGGGGGCCACCGCAGGCGGGGCCCCAGCCGAAAUCUGUGUGGUGCUGGGCGGGGUGCGCGGCCAGCAGACGCUCGGUAAGCUAGGCUCCUACGAGUGCGGGAUCUGCGGCAAGAAAUACAAGUAUUACAACUGCUUCCAGACACACGUCCGGGCACACCGAGACACGGAAGUGGCGUCGGGCGAAGGUGCUUCCCAAGGCAAUAAUUUCCGGUACACCUGCGACAUUUGCGGGAAGAAGUACAAAUACUACAGUUGCUUCCAGGAACACCGCGACCUACAUGCGGUGGAUGACCCCUACGACCAAUCGCUGGUCGCGAAAGACGAGGUGAAGGAAGAAGAACCUGAACCUUUUCAGAAAAUCGGUCCAAGUAUGAAUUUCCGGGUUUCGAACUUAAAGACGGGCAGCUACACGUGCGAAUUCUGUGGCAAGCAAUACAAGUAUUACACACCCUACCAGGAACACGUGGCUUUGCACGCGCCAAUCAAAUAUUCCCGCUCUCCGCUCCUGGUGGCCGUCAAGACGCAUGCCGGGAAGAAGGCCCCGCCCCCGGCCGCCUCCAUCAUCCGAUGUUCGGCCCUCCUGCACCGGGCACCAUCCGGGGCGUCCCAGCUCCAGAUGUUCCGGGCACCGAAUUCGGGAUCGCCGGGAAGCAAGGCCACCACGGAAAGCGUCUUCAGCCGGAGGGUGGAGAGCAAGAUGCAGAACAACUACGACGAAACCAACAGCAGCUCCCAAAACUCCAGUGAGCCGUACACCUGUGGUGCUUGCGGGAUUCAGUUCCAAUUCUACAACAACCUUCUGGAACACAUGCAGUCUCACGCAGCCGACAAUGAAAACAGCAUGGCCUCACACCAGCCUCGUUCCCCACCCCCCGCCGCCCCUGAGGAGAAGUGGAAGCCGCCCCCGCCAGCGCAACGCGACACCGCAGACAACGCUGUCCCAGAAAAGGAGCGGCAGGUCAUCGCCGAGCGCCUCCUGCGUCUGCUGUGCGCCGAGCCGGCGUCCCUGAGCGUCGUAUCCGGCCCUGAGUUUCUGAAGCUGGCACAGGUGCUGGUCGACAGCGGCGCACGGCACGGGGCCUUCCCCGCCGCUGAAGCCCUCGGGAACCUUAGCGCACUGGCCUUGCAGCAACUGCCCCGUAUGUACAACCAGGCCAAGGUGAAAGUGACCUGCGCACUGGGCACCGGGGCCUGCCGCGGCAUUGGCGUGACAUGCCAUGCCCAGGGGGCCGGCCCCGAUUCCUGCCAUGUACUCACAGCACACCGAGCUGAGGCCGGGCGCAUCCGAAGCUACGUCCUCGCUGUUCGCGGAGGCACUGGAGGUGAGCCGAUCCACCGCUGGGCGCAGAACGUCCUCUCAGAGUUUGUGACGCCCGAGACGCGUGCCGCCUAUGUCACUGAUGGAUCCAGCGCCCACGCUUUCUCCAAAGCCGGACUGGGCCUCCGCUGCGCCGCCUGCGCACUCAAUGCCGCGGUCCGCGGCGUGCUCAGCCCACGGGCUCUGCAAGCGCGGGGCAUGCCGGAAGUCUCAGAGCUGUUGGGCGCCUGCCAGGACCUGGCUGGCUCGCCAGGCGCUGCAGCCGAAGCCUUCGGCUCUCCGGCGCCGCCAUGCUGGGACUCGCCGGCAGACGCUCUUCUGGCUGUCCACGAGCGUUAUGAGCAGAUUUGCGAGUUCUACGGCCGCGGGCAAGAGGCCGGCGCCAACCCGGCACCGCCGGGGCUCAACCGCCCGCUGCUGGCCAAUCUGGCGGCGCUGCUGGCGCCUGUCAAGCAGGCGGUGUCCGAGCUGGGCGCUGAAGGCCGGCCCACCCUCCAGCUGGUCUUGCCCACAUAUGUCCGGCUGGAGAAACUCUUCACAGCCAAGGCGGGUGAUGCCGGGCCAGUCAGCAAGCUGUGCCACCUCUUCUUGGAGGCCCUGAAAGAGAACUUCAAGCUGCACGCUGCCCACAAGGUGGCCAUGGUGCUGGACCCGCGGCAGAAGCUGCGCCCAGUGCCACCCUACCAACACGAAGAGAUCGUUGCCAAGGUGUGCCAGCUGCUGGGCGUCUCAGAUGAGGCAGAACCCGAACCCGCUGCCGCCAAAAAGCCCCGGGGUGACUCCGACGAGCCGCCGCCCACCGACGAGGCUGAAGUCUACAGCUACCUGCAGGAGCCCCUGGCGACGACCCCCGACCUUUUCCAGUACUGGUCAGGUGCCCAGCACCCGCGGCUGGCGAAGCUGGCAUUUUGGCUGCUGGCCGUGCCUGCUGUUGGCGCUCGUACUGGUUGCGCCCGCCUGUGCGAGCAGGCGGUUCUGAUCCGGCGGCGGCGGCUGCUGGGCCCUGAGGACGCCAACAAGCUCAUCUUCCUGAAGGCCAACAUGCCUUAAGCAGGUGGUGAAGGGCACCUCGACCGGGGUGGGCGCCCGUAUUCCGAUGUGUGUGUGUGUGUGUGUGUAUAUAUAUAUAUAUGUAAAAGGGCAUUUGGGAGAGGGGAGGGUGAGGGUGGGGGGUCCCGUUCCCACCAAUCCCCUUCCUCUCCGCGGAGGCACCGGACUCGGGCCGAACCCGAACUCAGGGCCGAACUGAAACUUGGAGCCAAACUCGGGGCCGAACUUGAACUUGGGGCCGAUACAGUGUUCCUCCAGGCAGCUUGGCUGCUCCGCCAACUUGAACUCCUCUCUGGUUUUCGGUAAGCUGUUUCUCUGCCCUGUCGGACCCACCCCCACUUCCCAUUUCAGGAUCGGGGAUCCGGAAGGGGCGGGGCAAAAGAAGCUCUGCCCCACCCAGAAGGUCACUUCCUGUCAAAGCCCCGUGCCACCGAGCCUCCUCCUUCCUCGCUCCCGGCUGCCCCGUGGCCCCAGUCCCAUUUCCCAUCUCGAGUUUCCCAGAAUUACCUUUUUCCUGCCCGAGUCCCGGAAUAACCAAUGGGGGGGGUUCCUGUGGGAUCGCCUUCUCUGCCCGUCAAUUUCCCCACCUGUUGAGAUCGGGGUAUACUUCCAAAUACUCUGGAAAAGAAUUUCCACGGGAAAGCGCCUCUUGAACUCACCUCCGAGGUUUCCUGCUGGUCUCAGGAACAGGAAAUUAUUAUUAAUAAUAGUAGUAGUAGCAGUAAAUAUUUAUUUCAAUGUUAUUCAAUAUUCUAUUACUAUUAUUAUUAUUAUUAUUAGAAACAUUGUUUAUGAAAUUUCCCUUUUUAAUAUGAUCAAUAAUAUUUUAAUAAAUAAUAAUAAUUAAUAUUCCCUUUAAAUAGGGAAUUUUACGGGGGGAGUUAUAAUUCCAAAACCAACUGGCCCUGUUAGCAAAGGAUUAUGGGAGUUAUAGUUCCAAAACCAGCUUGCCCUGUUAGCUAAGGAUCAUGGGAGUUGUUGUUUGAAAAUCAACUGCCCCUGUUAGCUAAGGAUCGUGAGUGUUAUAGUUCAAAAACCAACCGGUUCUGUUAGCUAAGGAUCUUGAGAGUUAUAAUUCCGAAACCAACUGGCCAUUAGCGAAGUAUUAUGGGAGUUCUAGUAACAAAACUAACUAGCCUUGUUAGCUAAGGAUUAUGGUAGUUCCAAAACCUCCAGAGGUUGCUAUAGGGCAACAAAACGCAACAAGGGCGGGAAAGUUUGGGGGGAAAUGGAGAGAAGGAAUAACUUCGGGAGAAAUGGGAAUUAAAAAAAUUCCGGGGCGCAUAAUUCCCAGAUUACUACUAUUAUUACUCGGUCCAACAGGUCUCCUUUCGUCCAUUUAUUCCGGUUUUCAGGAUGCCGAUCUCUUCCUUUGAACCAGAGAAUCCGAUAUUUCUGUUACUAUCCCCCCCAAAAAAAUAUUUUAAAAACACAGCGACCCGGGUGCAAAUUUUGCAGGACAGAGGGGGAUUUGCGAGAAAUCCCAGGAGAGAAACAGCAGAAAAAAGCCGAUAUUUCUGUUAUUAUCCCGAAUUAUUAUUUUUAAACACAGCAACCCAGGUGCGAAUUUUGGGGGACGGAGGGGGAUUCGCGAGAAAUCUCGGGAAAGAAACGGCAGAAAAAAGGAGAUUUAAAUAAAAGUAUAUACUGGUGGGGGGGGGGGAGAAAAUGCAUAUUUUUUUGGCCAGAGAUUUUUUCUACAGCUACGAAGGGAUAUUUUUCUUAAAUCCUCCUGAGUUGUGUUUUCCUAUUUCUUAAUGCCGGUAGCGUUAAUUUAUACUUUUGUAGCAACACACUAUUUUUAUAAGGACUCCACGGGGUUGUUGUCGCAAUUGAGGGGCCGGCGGGUGGGGUGGGAAAAAGAAUAUUGUACUGUAUUUAAAAAAGGAAAAAGUUACUGUCACGCUUGCUGUGUGUUAAUAAAACGAGAGUCUAACUCGU